AUGGACACCAAACAGAUUUACGAGAAAGUGCAAGAGCAUUACAGCUUGGCCGCCAACACCACAAACAACACAUAUGGACACAAAGUCGCCAAAGCCUUUGGCUACACGGAGGAUGAGCUGGAACAGAUCCCCAAAGAUGCCAACUUAGGAUUAAGCUGUGGAAAUCCAUCCGCAAUCGCGAAAUUGAAGGAGGGAGAGACAGUGAUCGAUCUGGGAAGCGGCGCAGGAUUCGACGUGUUCCUUGCCGCGAAGAAGGUCGGCGUCCACGGGAAGGCCAUUGGAAUUGAUAUGAACAACGAUAUGCUCGAAAGAGCGAACAAAAAUAAGGAAGAGGCCGGUGCCGAGAACGUCCUCUUCGUCAAGUCUCCAAUCACCAAGAUUGACCUUACCAACGAGUGCGCCGACUGCAUAAUCAGUAACUGUGUGGUGAACCUGGUUCCAGAGCACGAGAAACAGCUCGUUUUCAACGAAACGUUUCGCUUACUGAAGCCGGGUGGCCGCCUGGCGAUCAGUGACAUUCUGCUUAAAAAGGAAUUGCCAGACGAGCUCAAGAAGAGUAUGGCCUUAUAUGUUGGAUGUAUCUCUGGUGCAAGUCGGGUCAACGAAUACGAAGAAUACCUUCGCAAUGCAGGUUUCAGAGAUAUCCUGAUUGUGGACAACAAACAUGAUUUGAAUGUCUACAAUGACACUCCACGCAACGACGCCCGGAGUAGCUGCUGUGGGAAAGGCUGUGCGGCGCCAGCAUCGGUAGAUGAUCCACUGGUCGCCUUUAUGUCUCAGUCUAAACAUGUUGACUUCAAUGAAUGGGCAGGUUCAUUCCAAGUCUAUGCACUCAAACCAUCUUCUUGA